AUGGUCAACUGGUGUCCAAACUGCCAAACGGCGGUUUCCGAUCUUGAAGUCGAGCCGGUUGAAAUUGACGGUAACUUCUACCAUAUCAAAUAUCCGAUUAAAGAUUCAGAGGAAUCCGUUGAAAUUGCGACAACGCGCCCGGAAACGAUGCUCGGCGACACAGCAGUUGCUAUCCACCCGGAAGAUACGCGCUAUCAGCACCUCAUCGGCAAAACGGCGGUCCUACCGAUUCUUGGACGUGAACUCCCGAUCAUCGCGGAUGAGUAUGUCGAUCUGGAAUUUGGCACGGGCGCAUUGAAAGUCACACCCGCUCAUGAUCCAAACGACUACGAAAUCGGUCAACGACACGAACUUGAGCAGGUCAAUAUACUGAAUCCGGACGGAAGCUUGAAUGAGAACGCGGGAACGAAGUAUCAAGGCAUGGAUCGGUUUGAAUGCCGUAAGGCGUUGGUCGAAGAUCUGCGUGAACAGGGGCAUCUGAUCCAAAUUGUACCACACCCCCAUGCGGUCGGACAUCAUGAUCGGUGCAAUCAGAUUAUUGAACCGUACAUCUCGCCACAGUGGUAUCUGAAUGUCAAACCGCUCGCUGAACGCUCACUCGAAGCUGCAAGACGUGGCGAUGUGGUGUUCCUCCCGGAGCGUGAGACCAAGCGGUUUUAUCAAUGGAUGGAAAAUAUCGAGCCGUGGCCCAUCUCCCGUCAACGCUGGUGGGGACAUCAACUCCCAAUCUGGCACUGCGACGCCUGCGAAGGGCUCACGGUGGCGGUAACUCCUCCUUCUCAAUGCGCUCACUGCAAUUCUGAGAAGAUUCGGCAAGACGAGGAGGUGCUCGAUACAUGGUUCAGUUCGGGACUUUGGCCCUUCUCAACGAUGGGUUGGCCCGAUGAGACAGAAGCACUCAAGACAUUCUACCCAACCUCCGUCCUAGUAACGGGUUGGGAUAUCCUCUUCUUUUGGGUAGCUCGAAUGAUUAUGCUCGGUCUCCAGUGUAUGGACGAGGUGCCGUUCCAGUAUGUAUAUCUCCACGCCCUAGUUGCUGACGAGCAUGGACAAAAACAGAGCAAGUCGAAAGGUAACGCCAUCGAUCCCGUGCCAACCAUCCACCAAUACGGUGCCGAUGCGUUCCGUUUCGCGCUGGUAUUUUCCGCUGCGCCGAAUCCAUAUAUCGCCUUGGCUGAAUCCCAAAUCGAGGCGGGGAAACGGUUCGCCAACAAGAUCUGGAAUGCUUCGCGUUUGCUACUGAUGAAUCUCGACGACUUUCAGCAUGGGCAGCCGACGGAUCUUAUCUUGUGCGAUCAGUGGAUCCGCAGCCGCUUUAACGCAACCGUGGAAACAGUGACUACAUGCCUUGAGGAGUUUCGUUUUAGCGAUGCAGCCCAUGCACUCUAUGAAUUUCUCUGGCACGAAUUUUGUGAUUGGCAGCUGAAACGGAUGCGAAGGUGGAAGAAGGCGAUGCAGACAAUCAUGGACGUUAUCGAUGGCAUCCGCAGCGUCCGUGGUGAAAUGAACGUGCCGCCCUCCAGCGAGGUUGAAAUCCGGAUUCAAACUCCGAAUCCGGAAACGGCUGAACUGCUCACUAAACAUUUGGAGGAAUACCUGCCGGCGUUUGGGCGUUUCUCACAAAUCUCCAUUGCUGAACAUCAGGAGAAGCCUGAUGCCGCCGCCGUAGCGGUGAUUAAUGACACCGUUAUCUAUAUUCCGCUUGCGGGAAUCAUCGACAUUGAAAAAGAGAAAGACCGCUUGCAGAAACGAUUGGACAAAGUGCUCAAAGAACUCACCGGCACCCAGAAAACGUUAGACAAUCCGAAGUUCGUUGACCGCGCCCCGGAAGCGGUUGUCGAGCAGAAACGUACCCGACUCGCAGUCCUUGAAUCAGAACAGGAGAAGUUAGUAGCGAAUCUGGAGAUGUUGGGUUGA